AUGAAUAAGCAUAACUCUUCUUCGUCUUUACUGCAACAAAGUUGCACUGAUGAAUAUUCCAAGGAAGCAUACGAGGUAGAGAGGAUCGCCGGGUAUCGCUUCAAUCGUUACCAAAACCGUGAUGAGUAUCUUGUGCAGUGGCUUGGAUACCCACGUGAAGAAUCCACAUUUCAGCCGCUUGAGUCGCUGAGUAACUGUCAAAAAAGUUUACGUGAAUUCCACGAUAGACUGAUGCACGAUGCUGAACUGCCAAUUGACGAUGGUAAUGGCAUUAGUGAAGAUGAUGAUGGUGACGAUGAUAUCCUAUUACCGAACGACGCCAUCAAACCUGAAAGUAUUCGUAAAAGAUGUAUGCCAUCUAUUUACGUAUUUAUUGCUCGAAAUUUAACCAACAAGGAAAGUCUACGAAACUAA